AUGAGAAUUUUUGCAAUACCUAUACUAAGAAAUCAUUUCACUUAUUUUUGUCACGGAAAACCUAAGAGAGGAACUUAUUUAUCAAAAAUUACAGACUUUGCUGCUAAAAAAUGGGAUCAGCUUUAUCACGCUGAAAAGACUAGUUGGAAGGGGAAGCUGUAUACUACGGGUCAACGACUAUUAGACAAAAUUGACCAUCAGGAAUAUUUUUUAAAAAGUAUACCAUUGAAAGAAGAAGUGGAAAAAAAUUUAUCGUCAAAAGAGGAUGUGAAUGUGAAAAAUAAUAUACAAUUGAGUGAAAAAGAGGGAAAAUAUGCUGCUGAAAAGAAAAAAAAUGAUGAUAAUGUUGUAAAGCCUGAACAAAUCCUGACGACCCUCGAACAAAUGCUUGGACAACGAUUACCAUAUCAUCGCAAAUAUAUGAUUUAUUCUGCAUUGUGCGUACCUUUAACUUCCACUUUUACAUUAAUACCAAAAAUCCUUUUGAUUUUUGUUAAUGAUCAUCUUGGUUUUUCUUUUGCCGCUAAAGCAUUUAAGGGUGCACAAUAUCUUCAACUUAUUAUAGGCGAUAAGCGACUAACACCUACCGAUUCUAGUAUAUUAGAUCAAAUUUACGAUGGUAUAGAUUUAAAUAAUUGUGAUAUUCUUGAUGAAAAUCGGAUUCAUCAAAUAGCCCAUGAAUUUAAUGUAUUAACAAUGGAUGUUGAUGUAAAAAGAGCCAGGCAUCAAAUAUUGGAAAAGAUAAAGCCUGAGUCCAAAGAAGAACAUGCUAAGGUUGACAAUAGAUAUAAUAAUAAUGAUGGUGUUAAUAAGGAAAAGACAGAAAAACGAUGA